CUGGGUCAUUAGCAGGUCGGACGCUCACUAUGUUGUUCGAAGCUGUGUUUUGAUCAUUGCCAAGCACAUGUACAGCAGUGGUGAUAGGAUACGUAUUUAGACUUGGCUGACAAAAAUGGAUUUUAUAGGACUUGUAUGAGGUUUAGAGGUAAGCAGUCCUAACGGCCGUAUGUGUUAAGAAGGAUACACUUGGUGAGCAGACUCUGCCAUGAGAAGAACGGCUACACCAUGGCUCUAACAUCAAUACCAUUCACCUACAGUAAAUUUCCCCUGAAGAUCCUUAACAAGGGGCCAGAGUUUUUUAAAGCACAAGCUGAGAAAAGGGAGCAGAGGAACCGUCGGAAAACAGCAACUGAGUUGCUAGCGGAGAGUCGACACAGGUAUGUGAAGAGCCCUACAUUUGACUCUUGUGAUGACACCUUAGCACAGAGCGGACACAGAGAUGUUGCAAAUGAAUAUGAUUACAGACAGUAUGAGUUGAUUCGAUGUCAUCAAACUCACACUGACAGUGGUGGUGUCAAUUGUGGGGGGAACAUCGGCCAUGAGGCAAUGGAUGUAAACAAGACUGCUGACCAACAAAAGAACAAUACAAAGUCAAAGCAUACUGCGAUAGUGAAACCAAUGCCGCAAACCAAACCCAUACAUUUACUGAAGCAAAAAACAAGGUCGCCAGAAUUUCACACACGAGAUGCUAGUUUUGAUAGUGGUGUCUUCGCCAGUCCUGCUGCAAACAACGUACUUAGUAGUUCAGUACAACAUACAAAGUCACAUGACACCCGAACAUGCAUGUCAACAGAAGACGGCCAGCUAAAUGCUAAUGAGACUUCCCGUCCAUUGACCACUGAAAACAGGCUCCAAAUACGGCAUUGUAAAUCAAAGAGUGCCCCAGUCGUCAACAUGGACUAUGUGAGUAAAAUGGUUUCUAUGUUUAAUAAUAUGGGGGAUGAUGAACCUAUCUUGUCCCCUACGGAGAAAACUACAAAUGAGGAAUAUUACAGUAAUUAUGUAGCCGAGGAGAAUGUCAAGACUACGUACCAAAAUGAGAAUGACAAGGAUGAAAAUGCACGUCGUCCUAAAAGUCCAUGUGCUCGUCGUCAUGCCAGGCGACACCAUACAGUAACUUGCGGUCCCAGAGAUAACUCGUCUAUUAAAGCGAAACCUGCCUGGAGGAAUGAUUUAACUGAACCUGACUCUGAAAAUGUGAAACGGAGCAGUAUUGACUUUAGCAGUCUUCGAAGAAACAGUCCUAUAACGGUACGACAGAAUCGACAAAUGGAUGAUGAGUAUGAUUACGCAACACUACCAAAAGCUUUGGAACAAGAAAGUUUUCCCAGCUAUGGAAGCCUCCGAAGGGAUCAACUUUCAAAGAGCCAGGGACUGCCAGCAAAAGAAUGGCAACAUGACCACAUUUACAUGCAUGCAGGACGUCCAAAAUCAGAACAUUACAAGUCAACUCAUUUUGGAUGUCUGAAACGAGAUAGUCUCAGUAAAAGUCAAAAUGUACGUGGACAGGAUGGUUUUGGGGAAACAUUACAAAAUGAAAUAAGACUAGCACAUAAGUAUAGUUAUGAAAGUGAACAUGAACACAGGAGCUUUGGGAAACACAGCGGAAAUCCGAAGUCACUAAAUUUCAAUGCAUCAAAGCGAAUUAACACAAGACGUAGUCCAAGUACUGACAGAAAAUCAGCACUGGAAUCACAGCUGCUAUCGUUACUUUUAACAGAAUAUAAAAUAGAAGCAGAUGGGAAAACUACCCCGACCAGUGAUGCUGGAUUUGACAGUAAAGGUGAUAGUAUGAAAUGGUCUAGUACAUAUCACUCGGACAAAUCUCAGGGAGAUGCCGAUGUCCCAGACAUUGAAUUGGAAACUGACGUUGAACGUCAUGACCAGCCACCUAAUUACAUGGCUGUUCUGACUUCACAGAAAAACUUACAGCCACAAGAUGGUUUGGCUGACUUGGCUGAUAAUAGUAGAUAUAAUGUACACUGUGUGGAAGAGCGUAACAGUUCGCCGAUCAGUUCUGAUGCCUCAUCAGCCAGAUCCAGAGUACAUCGAUCAAUCUCAGAUCUUAGUCAAAAACACUCCACGGAAUGCUUUGUCUCAGAGCUUGAUACAUUCUUCAAUGCGAUGGGAAUGGACUAUUCCACUAUUUGGCCUUCUUGCUGGGAACGCAAGGAGGAUAUCUUUCAUAUGAUGCACGGUCCACGGGACAGGAGCUCUGUAUCUGGAGACAGCCACUGGGAGGACAUAUCCUGGCGAAGCAGUAGGAGCAUAAAAGGACCAUUUAGGAUGGGUGUUCCUGAUAGACUUCCGGAUUCGUCCCAGUCACUGGUCAUGAAGAACGCUCGCAUUAUAAAAUGGUUGUGUGAAUGCAGGAAGGCUAGAUCCCGUAGCAUAUCAUAAUAGAAUACUAUGGACAAUCUAUUGACAUAUUAGUAAAGACUUGAAUAACAUGGAAGAAGCUGAUUUAUAGCGCCCUCUGUUGACAGCUAUUUAUACGAUACUUGAGGGCGCUCUUCUGAUAACAAAUAACUGUUGGACAAAAGACAUGUGUGUAUCGCCUGAUGUCAAGUUUCUCAAAGUAAUACCUGAAUUGUAUGUGUACAUUUCUACUGAAGCUCUACGUCUCUGAAACUUACAAGUGAAACAGGAGGGGGACAAUAUUAUAACUGCCUUACACACACCCUUUUUGAAGAUUCACUUUUCAGCGAUGUUUUUACUAUUUUGUUAAAUUCUGUUUUAGAAUUUCUUAAAGAGAAUAAACAAUAAAUUGAAAAAUUUUACAGCCUCAUCAACAGUAACUUUGAAGUGCGUCACCAAGUGGUUUAAUGUUUUUUUUCUUCUAUUUUUAAGGUAAUUUUGUGGGUAUUUGGUGUGCUGUGAGCAUUUUUUCAUUAAUUUGAUAAUGAUUGUUUUCUAUUUCAAUUUUGUUGAAAUUACUUUACUAUCUAUUUUAUGCAUAACAUGUGUAGAAUGCAACCCACUUGUUGAUUGGCCGACGUCUGUGGAAAAUAUAAGAUGAUUUAUGAUUGGUCAAUCAUUGCCUGAAAAUUGUUAUGUAAAAAAAAAACUUUUAUUUAUUCAAUUGUAUGCUGAUAAGAAGAUGCACUUUUGUCGACAAGCAAAAUGGCCUUUUGUGGAUUUGUUGACAAGCUAGGAGACCUUUUUUGAUUUUGUCCAAGUAAUUUGGGACCAAAUUCAAGACAUGUUUAAGGUCUUGUAUAUAUUUAUUACAAUUGCUAUUCGUUCUACUAUGCUGGUUACUGAAAUAACAUCUGGACGUGUCUAUAUUCAACCAAUGAGAAUACGUGUGACAGACAACUUCAUUGUAACAUGAUUUCCAAUUGGUUGAUUCUAUCAUAGUAUACAGAUACAGUCCUGUUUAGAGCAAAGAGGACUUGAUAUGCUUUCAGUAACUAGUAUACAAAUACAAAUUACGUAGAAAGUUAAAGAAGGAAGUUGUGUCAAUGCUUCGACUAUAUUCAUCAUAUACUGCCCGGUUUGGUGGUCUGCUAAACUAAAAAAUCUGAUUGAAUGUAGUUACCAUAUUGGAUGUUCUAGAAGUGUUCAUUUCAGUUGAAAAGCUUGCUUCAGUUUAUUUUUAGAAACAUAUCAACUUAAUGUUUUCUGUUCUGUAAAUUAUUUUAAUGGGAAAAAUUCACUUUUAAUAGAGUAAAUACAAUAUGUGAUGGCACAAUCAUGUUUAUUAUGGAAUAUUUGAAAUUGCUAUUUAAAAUUCUAAAACUUUCGGGAUUGUAACUUGUUUUUAGAUAGGAUACCUAUACUUACAAUUUAGAGUGGCAACUCUAGCAAAUAGUUUGACAUAAGUGACUAUACAAGAUCUUUUUGUGAAGUCUUUCUAUUGUUGCAUAUUAUGUGUGUAUUUCUGCUGAUUCUAAAGAAAGAUGUCAAACAGCCUUUUAUGAAAAUAUUAAAGCACAUUUUAAAUUGAAAA